UGUGAUCUUUGGAAGCUGCCUGUCUCGAGUACCUCCAGCAUGUGCUGGCGUAUUCCAGUUCAGACCGACGCCUGAGCUGCAUAUUCCAGUACUUGCAGACUGCAGUGGAUCAUCUUGCAGAAAUGCUGUGGGUGUGGAUAACACUGUGCAUCAUGUGGCAAGGAACAAGCAGCUUCAUGAUUCACAACAACGUGGAAAGCCUGUGCCUGGAGGACUCGCUCAGAGAUGCCGGAGUUCAGUUAAAGAGAUGCAGUGUGGACUCAGAGCUCCAGCAAUGGGUCUGGACAGAGCGGAUGUUCCUCAUGAAUGCACUCACACAAAGGUGCCUGUCUGCCUUACACAGUGACCCAAUCCAGACUCUCGACUGUGACGGUGAAGAUUAUCUGCAGUGGCAGUGUAUGGACCAUAGGCUCAUCAGCAUGAGUCACUCCCUGGAACUAGGUGUGCAACAAGGAAGCCUGGCUCUGAUUAACACAGGAAAACGAACCAGGUGGACAUCUUUGGAUCAAGGAGACAUCUGUCAGGAGAAGCUGAGAUCCAGAAAGCAGCGUGACACAGAUGAGUUUCCAUCCACAGAGGACACCAUGACAGAGGAACAGAGAGAGUAUCUCAGGUGGUACUAUCGCACUGAAGACGCAACACCCUGGAAAUUUGCCAUGCUGGGUUUGUCUCUUGUGGUUCUGCUUAUGGGGUGUGUGCUCUGCGUCAUGGGAUUGAUGAGUAACAAACAUCGGCGAGAAAUAGCCAAGUACAAAACCGCCACUGCUGCAUCUCCUGCCAUAGUAAAAGUGGAAAUGGAGGAGCUUCAAAUUAUCACUGUGUCCAAGGAGGACAAAGACUCCUACCCUGACCCAACACAAGAUGGACAACUGGAGAGCAAAGCACCACUGGAGGAAGCUAGUGAGACUGAGGCACUGAACCCUGGUGACAUUAUGGUCACGUGGAAGGAUGGAACUGCCUCCAAACUCUACUCUGAUUCUAAUAAGGAGGGUGAGGAAGACAAGUGAUGUAGGACUGAAAGACAAAACAAAUUUCCAUUUUCUUAGUUUGCAUUCUUAUAAAAAUUUAAAUGUACAAAGAGUCAAAGGCUUUCUUUGUUCUAACAAACUUGAUUCAACACAUAAUGGCCUCACAAUAGACCGACUAGUGAUAUUUAGUUACUGUUGCUUUGUUGAUCAAGCCAAUACAUCGUAGAUGGAGAUCUUGAGUUAAGCCAAAAGAUAGUAAAUGAGACCAAGACAGAGUGUGUAUUGUUCUCUAACUCUUCAAAUCAGUUUGGUUUAUUUUUUUCUAAAUGCUGUCCUGACAGGUUCAUAUUAAUGUAAUUUGAAUUCAAUAUCAUCUAUUUUUAAAUCUAUAGUAACUGCAUAUAAACAGGGACUUGUAUGGAUGCUCUACAUAGUCCAAUAAGACCAAUAAUAAACAGAUUAAAAAAUA